GGCAACUCGAAUAGCGGCUUCUGCUAAAGCGUCGGUGGCUCCAUCGAAGCAUCGAUUUGGGCCUGAUUUGGCCCGCGGCGUGGGAUGCCCGCUCCCAGCUGGCUCCUGCUGGACACCGUCUGGGUCCUUUGAUGUAACAUGGUUAUCAAUUAGUCCAAUAUCUCGAUUGCCUCUGUGGCCUGACGUUGCAUCACGAUGGCACCGCUAAUGUCAGAUGUAAAAGCCCUUGUUUGCCGUCGCACGAUCUCAUUCCUUCCCGAGACAUCAUCUCUUCUCCAGCAAUCGCGGUGUAUCUGCAGCACAGCAAGCCAUGGCAGACCACCACUCUGAGUUCACACAGCUCCAUGCAGAGGUCGAGCAAACGAGACGGGCCUCUGCAGUCUCUGCAAUCUCGGAAAAAGUCCAAGAGAAGCCUCCCCUGCCUGCGACGGCCGAAGGCACUGCUCCCGAAUCGAUCCCUGAGAAGGGCGAGAGCAAUGUAGAGACCCCGGUUGGCGGCGAGCCUACAGACUACGAGAAAACAACGCUGCGCCAUGUUGGCGAGAGUCUCCCGCGUUCGGUCUGGCUGGUUGCCGUGAUCGAGCUUUGCGAGCGAUUCACCUACUAUGGUUGCCAGGGUAUCUUCCAAAACUAUGUACAAAAUCCUAGGGAUGGGAGCUUGGGUCCCGGUGGUCUCGGCAUGGGUCACCAGGGCGCAACUGGUUUGACGACAUUCUAUUCAUUCUGGUGCUAUGUGACGCCUCUUCUGGGAGGAUUCAUCGCAGAUCAGUACUUGGGAAAGUACAAGACGAUCCUGUCCUCUGCAAGUAUCUACUUUGUCGGUCUUCUCAUCCUCGUCCUUACAUCGAUUCCCGUCUCUUUGAAUCAUGGAGCUGGCACUGGAGGCUAUGUCACUUCGAUCCUCCUCACUGGCAUUGGUACCGGAGGCAUCAAGGCGAACGUGGCUCCUCUCAUUGCUGAGCAAUACACGAGGAGACAUAUGGAGAUUGCCGUGACCCAAAAGGGAGAAAGAGUUGUCAUCGACCCUUAUGUCACCAUCCAGCGAAUCUACAUGAUUUUCUACUGGACCAUCAACAUCGGCGCCCUGUCUCUUCUUGCCACCCCUUAUAUGGAACGAGAUAUUGGCUUCUGGUCCGCUUUUACUCUGUGUAUCUGCAUGUUUGCAGUCGGUAUCAGUGUUCUGGUCCUCGGCCGCAAGAUGUACGUCGACCGACCGCCCGAGGGAAGCGUUGUCAGCGACUCGUUCAAAGCCAUCGGGUUGAUGAUCAAGCACCGCAGCAUGGAUGCACCGAAGCAGUCAUGGCUGCGCGCAAAGGGAGUCAACAAGACCGUCACAUGGGAAGACGGCUUUGUCGAAGAAUUGAAGCGUGCUCUCACCGCAUGCAAGGUCUUUACGCUCUACCCCAUCUACUGGGUCGUCUACAACCAGUUUUCCAACAACUUUGUCACCCAAGCCCUUCAGAUGAGAGGUCACGGCAUCCCCAACGAUCUGAUGCAAAACUUUGAUCCCAUCUCGAUUAUCGUUUUCGUUCCGAUCUUGGAUCGCCUGGUCUAUCCCCUGCUGCGCAAGAAGCGCAUCGCCUUUAAGCCGAUUAGCCGUAUUGUCACGGGUUUCACCAUUGCGUCGCUUGCUAUGAUGUACGCUGCCAUUGUCCAGCAUGAGAUCUACAUCCGCGGGCCCUGCUACGAACAUCCUCUUUGCGACGCUUCCAUCGUGAACGGCAAAGCGCAGGGUAACGACAUCCACAUCGCCAUCCAGACGCCAGCUUAUAUGUUGAUCGGUAUUUCCGAGAUUUUUGCUUCGGCAACGGGCUAUGAGUAUGCAUACACCAAAGCCCCGCCGCGCAUGAAGUCGUUCGUGCAGUCGCUCUUCCUGCUCACCAACGCUUUCGGUUCGGCCAUCGGCGAGGCCUUCGUCCCUGCCGCCUACGAUCCCGCCAUCAUGUGGAUGUAUGUCGGCCUCUGCGUCGGAACUUUCUGCGUUGGAAUCCUUAUCUGGGUCUUGUUCCACCACCUCAACGCCAAGGAAGAACAAAUGAACUACAUCGAGGAUGAUGUCCUGCCCAACGACCCGAAGCGGAGAGAGUCGCAUAUUACGGCAUAAUCAGGGACAUCGCAUGAGCUAUCGACGGCAGUCAGUUCUAUACUCUAUACAAGGUUCUCGGAUAUAGAUGGACUUGCUUAGACAAAAAGCAACAGCCACGAGACUCUUAACAUGUAUGCAUCCAGUGUAAGGAUAGUCUCCUGAUACUUACUAGGUACUAGGUACAGAUAAUACGCCUUUUACAAAAUAACAGACCGUCCCCAUAAACUUUUGGAACAUCGCGCGUGUUUCCUUGACGAAUUCGGAGCGAGUGCCACCACUGUGGUCCUGUUGCGAAGGAAGCUAUUUUGUAAUUGGUUGAGUUGGGGCGUAAAGUGCUGACCCUCCCGAGUCUCCAUGUGGGUUGUGGAGCAAGUUGUACUUCAAGUUCGGCUGCUCCGGAAGCCAUCGAUUUUCCGAACUUCAAGCCGCCAAUCAUAAAAACUGUUUAUACGUUGACCCGGUCAUCCUUUUUCCUUCGACUGCAGUGCGAAAAAAGCAAUCUUGAAUGCGGGUCAGACUCAUAUUCUGGCUGGCCUUUUUGGUGGGUGGCCCUUAUUCGGGUCAAGCCCAGAUCCAGCGAGAAAAUUCAUUGUUCCUGAAACUCGGGGUGGCGUGUGACAAAAAGACUCACGUGCUCACCUUGACGGCGGUUCAAACACCACCCACUGCACCUACAAUGUACUGUAGGUGCCACCGGGUCCCCGAGUUGCUACAAGCAUUCGUACAAGUACUACGCUGCAACUCGGCAAUCCUCGGAUCCAGUGAAACAUGAGCGAGACCGGCAAAGGAUUCUUGAGGCCCUGAUCAGGCGUUUAAAUCAAGGAUAAGGUAUGAUAUCCACUGUUAUUGAAACCCUGAACCCACCACCAUACUACCUGAUCAUUGUGAGUCCCUUCCGUCUACCGUUGUACAUGUCUGGUACCAUGUCCUGCUGCCGACCACACCGUCUAUGCUCGACUCAGACUACCCUGGACCGCCCGUUAAAUUGUUUCCAUCUCCAACACCCGUCAGAUCACCACUGAGCAUGAAUCAGGCAACCUUGCGCGAGCUCAGGAUCGUCCGUGGUGCCCGAGAUGAUUCUCAGCAGUUGUGGGGAACUCUUUCGUUACCAUCUACAACAUUGUACAGUUGCAGUUCUCUUUCAGCUAUAGCGCUUUUGUUCUAACCUAGAGCUCUACUGCUAUGUUUUGAUUUACCGUGGUUCUGGUCAGCGAGGUCUCGAUUUCUCCGUGGAACGUCGUGCCCAAUCAUGGCGGUUGGAAACCUGCCCUGCCCUGUCCUUCUUGGCCCGCGUCCCAUGCCAAUGGUGCAGCAAAUCGAGAUUGAAGUUCAAUAUGCGCUUCUUCCCCUUUCUCUACGGUAAUCUCGUCCACUGGUAGUACAUGCAUGGAGGUGUUGGCCACUGCAUGAUGCCGGGCAAGGGUCACGUUCCACUGUCCUGAACGACCGGCCCGAUAUCAAUACUGAUAGCAACUAGGAAAUCAGAAGUCGAUAGAUUCCAACCUCUAUAUUUGUCGUCCGCUCCCCCAAAGCUGGCACGCUGCUGCCGUCCUUUCCAUCUAGCUAGUGGUCUAUGCCAUUCGGCCAUGUUUCCCGAGUCGUCCAGAACAUACGUACAGCCAGACUCUACUUGGGCACAACAGCAUCCUUCUCGACAGGAGUGUCUUCUCCAGUCGUUGUCUUCUGGGACCAUCGAUGCUCGUGCUCGUCCUUGACUUCACGCACGACAAACCAUGUUGGAACGAUUUGGAUAGCCCAAAGCACCAACCUAAACAGCAGAACAUAUGUCAGCAAAACCACACAGCAAGAAGUGAGCUUUGCUGUCGGCCUGAACUUACAAAAUACAUUCGGCGCCCAUCAUACUCCAUUUGACCUGAACGGCAUAACCCAGCGCCGCGCCUCCGGUAUUGACAGCCUUCAACAUACCCGUGUAUCGCGCAAGUUCGUCAAUGUCGUCUGUCAAAGUGCCCACAAGAGCAUACAUGAAGACUUGGAAGCCGUGGUCGACAAACCUGCGCGCCAGCCCAACGUCAGCCCUGUUUUGAGUGGUCCAAAAGAAAGGGGGAAAGAAAAAGGUAAAGACCCACGAGAAAGCCAAGAUCCACAAUGCACUUGCAUAGUAUUCGCCCUGCUUCCAGUCCAAACCCUUGGGGUUCGUCUUCGAAUACCACCAUUGCACCACGGUCGCCCAGACCCAGACGGCGGUGAAUGCAAUGUACAACGAAUAAUAGGCCCAGCGAAACUUUUGCGAUCGUCUAAAUCUGCCCGUGUCCAAGAACCACCCGGCCACCAAUGUGCCGAGAACGCCAACGAUGGGGUUGAGGAAUGCGAUCAAGGCUCGUCCACGGACGGAAUGGUACACGGCCGUGAACGUGCUGUUGUACGAUAGAAACCAUUGGGAGAAGAUGAUCAGGGGGAGCAGAAGAACCAUCUAGACCGACAAAAAGUUAGUACGGUGUGACUGUGUACUGUAAAUUGGAUUUGUUGCAAAACUUGCCUCUCGUCGUUGAAAAGCCGAAAAUACCCUUUUCAGCUCUUGCCACGCACUUGGUUGCUUGCUCUUUUUCACAGCUCGUCCAUCUCGCCGCACCACUUUGUCCGGAGGUGAUAGCAAGAGUGCGAUGAAGGGACCAAGACACGCCAACGCAAUCAGAGGAAUAUAAGUCACUAGAGAGAGAAUCAAAUCAGCACGUUGUCUCGAUUGGAUUUGGAUGGACAGCACUGCCACGGCACGCACCUGUAGAUACUUUUCCGGCCUUGUCGUUGGUCACAUUCAGGGCCAGGGAGAUGGUGCCGCCGACCAGCUGGCCCACGGAAAUCGAACCGUACCAGAUGGCAACUAGAAGUCACAAACAGAUCAGUUAUAGUUCUGACAGCUAGGCUAUGAUACACAGUCACUCACUGAAA